AUGACGGAUGCUUGGUCCGAGAGGAAGAGAAGGAGCAUUACGAAUUUAUGUGUAAAUUCAAAAAUGGGUAUUGUGUUUUUAUCAUCAAAAGAAAGUUCAAGCGAAGCACAUAAAAUCCAACGCAUAUAUGAUUAUGUGGAAUCUUGCAUUCAACAAGUUGGUCUCGAGUAUGUUGUUCAAGUUGUGAACGAUAAUGUCACAGAUAACAUAGGAGCGGCGAAGUUACUAAAAGAGAAAAGACCAACUAUUUUUUGGUCGUCAUGUGCGACACACACCAUUAACCUUAUGCUCGAAUGUAUUGGUGGACUUCCAAGGUUUAAGAAAGUCCUAGAUCAAGCAAAGAAACUAACCAUAUUCAUUUAUUUUCACCAAAAAACCUUGGCUAUGAUGAGAAACUACACCAAGAAAAGGGAAAUUUAUUCGACCAGGAGUCACGAGAUUUGCUUCUGCUUUUCUAACAUUACAAAGUUUAUCUAA